GAGUUUACGUCCCCUUUUACAUCAGGCAAGACAAGCGAGCCCGCUCUAUUCUGUGCAGGCAUUUCUUCGGUCGCCUGCUGGUCCUUCCUCCUUUUCUACAUCCCUGAGCGAGGGCAGCGCCAAGAUGAACGACACAGUGACAGUCAGGACCAGGAAAUUCAUGACAAACCGGCUGCUUCAGAGGAAGCAAAUGGUUGUCGAUGUCCUUCACCCAGGCAAGGCCACAGUCCCCAAGACUGAAAUUAGGGAGAAACUUGCCAAAAUGUACAAGACCACUCCCGAUGUGGUGUUCGUCUUUGGCUUCAGGACUCAGUUUGGUGGUGGCAAGACAACAGGCUUUGCUAUGGUCUACGACUCCCUAGACUACGCCAAGAAGAACGAGCCCAAACACAGACUGGCCAGGCAUGGACUGUAUGAGAAAAAGAAGUCCUCCAGGAAACAGCGUAAGGAACGCAAGAACAGAAUGAAGAAAGUACGAGGAACCAAGAAGGCCAGCGUGGGCGCCUCUGGCAAAAAGAAAUGAGGUGUCAGUUUCAGUGAGCCCAGAAAAUCAGGGAAGGUCUUCGUGCUCAAGAUGUUCUUGUAUAUUGUCAUCAAAUAAAGUUUGGAGAAAAAAAACUGGGA